UUUAAUUGUAUUGGCAGCACUGUCGAGUUCAUGUAACCAAAAAAUAAUAAAUGAAUAGUUUUUUGACUGAAACGUUACCCGCAUAUAUAAUAAGCUCAAGAAGUCAACAUAUUUUUCGUUAUCUAUUAUUUUUGGAAUUAGAAAUGCGAGUGCCAACCGCCGUAUUCGCUUACAAAAAUCGGGAUGCUCGCGCGCCUCAGAAAGAACACACAGUACCUUUUCAAGAAAUUCUACCUUUGCGGCUAAAAAAUAGAGUAAGCGGCAAGGCAGAUUCUUCAUCUGAUGCAGCAUGUUUACAGGAAAUGGGUGUCCUUUUUGCGUGUCUCAAAGACAAUGAGUUCGUGGAGAAGUACUGUAAUAAGGAAAUACAGCAAUUUCAAAAAUGUUAUAAAUUCUAUGCAGAUUCGAAGUUCGAGGCAAAGAAAACUGUAAACCAGGGUAUAAUAACACCUGGGAAAAAUCUGAACUACAAACAACUCAACAAGUAUAUGAGACGAUUUCCUAAUCCUCUAUAAGCAUAGUUUUAUCAUAUGUAAUAAAUAAUGAAGUGAUUUAAUACAAUCCAUGCUGCAAGUCAUAAUAAAGUUUAAAAUCAAUGAGAAACUUUUAUAUUAAA